CCUUUCUCCUUCCUUUCAUCUUCCUAAAUUUUUAUUUUUACUGCCAAAAAUAAAGUUUAGAGACACAGAAUAAAAGGCAAAUCUCUCCGCGUGUAUUUGGAAAAACAUAUAUAUGUACAUAUGCGUGGGUAUGUUUCUUGGGAUGAUCGACAUGCAACAAUGAAAUCAUCAUCGAUUUUCCGUGAAAAUUCAGAGAAAACAGAGAGAUGGAUAGUUACGAACAUGGGGAGAUUAACGCCAUUACUCUUGUCUUCUCUUUGUAUAACUCUCUUCUUCACCGGUUUCUUCGUCUACCAUCAGAAUCCUUUUAAACCCAUUUCCGAUCGACAGUUUCUCUCCCUCCAACCUCAAAUCGAUCCUAAGUGUGAUUUGUUCAAGGGACAUUGGGUUCCAGACAAAAGAGGAUCUUUGUACACGAACUCAAGCUGUUCCACGAUUCCUGACUCGAAGAACUGCAUAAAACAGGGGAGACCAGACAGAGAUUUCUUGUCCUGGAGAUGGAAACCCGAUGGCUGCGAUCUACCGAGGUUUAACCCUAAGGCAUUUCUCAGUAUGGUUCAAGGAAAGAAGAUGAAUUUUAUCGGUGAUUCUGUAGCAAGGAACCACAUGGAAUCUCUUCUCUGCUUGUUGUCAAGGGAAGAAACACCCAAGGAUAUCUACACGGAUGAUGAAGAUAGAAACAGGAUUUGGUACUUUCCAAACCAUGAUUUCACUCUCUCGACCUCGUGGACUAAGUUUCUUGUGGCGGAACGAGAGAGGAGAGACGUUAACAAUACAGGAACUGGAUUGUUUGAUUUAGAUAUUGGCAAGAUCGAUCAAGGUUGGUCUAAGGAUCUACCAAAUACAGACAUUGCUAUUAUCUCGGCUGCUCAUUGGUUCUUCAGACCAAUAUUCAUACAUAGAGGAGACGAGUCGCUUGGUUGCAUCUACUGUAACUUACCAAAUAUGACACAAAUUACACCAGAAGAAGGGUUUAAGCUUGUUUAUUCAGCGUUUUUUAAGCACAUCGUAGAGUGUGAGAAGUGCAAGGAAGAUUUAGUGACGGUCCUGAGGACUAUUUCACCUGCCCAUUUCGAGAAUGGGACUUGGGAUACAGGUGGAUCUUGCAGCAGGACGAGUCCUUUUGGUGAAAACCAGAUUGACCUGGAAAGCAACGAGAUGAAGAUCAGGACAUCACAGAUUGAACAGCUUGAAAGAAUAACAAAACAAGACCACAAGGCAAAGAAGUUUGCGGUUUUGGAUGUGACUAAGGUUAUGAUGAUGAGACCUGAUGGCCAUCCGAAUGGUAACUGGGGAAAUAAAUGGAUGAAAGGUUAUAAUGAUUGCGUCCACUGGUGUUUGCCAGGGCCAAUUGAUGCGUGGAACGAGUUUCUAAUGGCGAUAAUUAGACGGUUAAGAUGAUGAUUUGUGGAUAAAUACUGUAUAAAAACCAUUCUUUUACCUUCAACUUAUGAAUAAGUAUAUCACAGAUGUAAUUUUUUGCUGCGGCUUCUAGAACAUCUGAU